ACAAAACAAAGGCAAAUGCAUCGGGUUGGAAGACGUUCAUUCCACUCUUUUGCUUUACUUUCAUCGUUUGUUUCGCUUACUCCCAAGAUCCCCCAGCGCAUCUCGUUUUCAACGUCGUCAAUGGAGGCAGCGAACUUACAGUCACCGCCGCCGCCAGUGGCCAAGAAGGUAGAACACGUGAUGGAGAUAUUUGGCGACCCCCGAGUUGACAACUACUACUGGCUCCGAGACGACUCUCGUUCCGAUCCCGACGUCCUCUCAUACCUCAAGCUCGAAAAUGCCUACACAGAGUCGCUCAUGUCUGGAGUGAAAAAGUUUGAGGAUGAUUUAUUUGCUGAGAUAAGAGGAAGAAUCAAGGAGGAUGAUAUUUCUGCACCAGUCCGGAGAGGGCAGUACUACUAUUAUCAAAGAACUUUAGAGGGUAAGGAAUAUGUUCAGCAUUGUAGGCGACUUAUCUCCAGCAGUGAGAUUCCACCCUCUGUCUAUGAUACUAUGCCAACUGGACCUGAUGCUCCUCCAGAGCAUAUCAUCUUGGAUGAGAAUGUUAAGGCUGAAAAUCAUGCUUAUUACAGCAUUGAUGCUUUCAAGGUUAGUCCAAAUAAUAAGUUGGUGGCAUACGCGGAAGACACUAAAGGAGAUGAAAUAUAUACUGUUUAUGUCAUUGAUAUAGAGACUGGUGCUCCUGUGGGGAAGCCUCUGGUCGGCAUAACUUCAGAGCUUGAAUGGGCUGGUGAUGAAGCUUUAGUUUACAUUACAAUGGAUGAAAUCCUUCGGCCUUAUAAGGUGUGGUUACAUAAGAUGGGAGCAGACCAGUCGAGUGAUACUUGCCUUUAUCAUGAGAAGGAUGAUAUGUAUUCUCUUGCUCUUGAAGCUUCAGAGAGCAAGAAAUAUUUGUUUGUUGGGUCUGAAAGCAAAAUUACAAGUUUUGUAUCCUAUCUUGAUGUUUCCAAGCCUGAAGAACUGAGGGUUUUGACACCUCGUGUAGUAGGCACUGAUACAUCUGUCAGUCAUCGAGGAAACCAUUUCUUUAUAAAGAGGAGAAGUGCUGAAUUCUUCAACUCAGAACUACUAGCAUGCCCUGUGGAUAAUACAUCUGAAACUACAGUUCUUAUACCGCACAGGGAAAGCGUAAAAAUUCAGGACAUACAGCUUUUCACAGACCAUCUUAUUGUUUAUGAGCGUGAAAUGGGUUUGCCCAAAAUUACCACUUAUUGCCUUCCCGCUGUUGAAGAGCCACUCAAAAGCCUUCAAGUUGGCACGUCUGUUGAGUUUAUUGACCCUGUGUACUCUGUCGAACCAUUAGAAUCACAAUUCUCUUCCAGUAUUUUGCGGUUUGGGUAUAGCUCAUUGAAGACGCCUCCCUCAGUAUAUGAUUAUGAUAUGAAUACAGGGACUUCUGUUUUGAAGAAGCUUGAAACUGUCUUGGGGGAGUUUGAUGCAUCAAAUUAUGUUACUGAAAGGAAGUGGGCCAGUGCUUCAGAUGGCACUCAGAUUCCUUUAUCCAUUGUUUAUCAUAAGAAUCUUGUGAAGCUUGAUGGAUCAGAUCCAUUACUACUUUAUGGCUAUGGUUCAUAUGAGAUGUGCAUCGAUCCUAGUUUCAAGGCAUCACGACUUUCUUUAUUAGACCGUGGUUUCAUCUAUGCAAUUGCUCACAUACGGGGAGGAGGUGAAAUGGGGAGGCAGUGGUAUGAGAAUGGGAAGUUGUUAAAGAAAAAGAAUACUUUCACUGAUUUUAUUGCCUGUGCUCAGUAUUUAAUAGAAAACCAGUACUGUACAAAGGAGAAGUUGUGCAUUGAAGGAAGAAGUGCUGGGGGAUUGCUUAUUGGUGCUGUCCUCAAUAUGAGGCCUGAUUUGUUUAAGGCUGCUGUUGCUGGAGUCCCUUUUGUUGAUGUUCUGACUACAAUGCUUGAUCCAACUAUCCCUCUUACAACUUCAGAGUGGGAGGAAUGGGGUGACCCAAGGAAGGAGGAAUUUUAUUUCUAUAUGAAGUCGUAUUCUCCUGUUGAUAAUGUCAAGGCUCAAAAUUAUCCUAACAUUCUUGUCACUGCUGGUUUAAAUGAUCCUCGCGUUAUGUAUUCAGAACCUGCCAAGUUUGUGGCAAAACUGAGGGAUACAAAAACUGAUGCUAAUACACUGUUAUUUAAAUGUGAACUUGGUGCGGGACAUUUUUCGAAGUCUGGGAGAUUUGAGAAGCUUCAAGAAGAUGCAUUCACAUAUACUUUUAUAAUGAAGGCUCUAAACAUGAUCCCUGGCUUUGGUUCCGAGCAGAGCUAGUCAAACCAUUUCCCAUAAGUUUAAUGCAGAAGAUCGGUAACAUGUAUUGCAAUUGCUUUGAUACUAAUUUGUUAUGAGAUCGAACAACUACUUUCGAUUUAUCAUAUGAACUGAUGGUUGAUUCUUUAGCCAUGUAGCAACUGGCGCUCAUUAGUUUGAACGCACUUCCAGAACUUGCCUUUCGAAGUAAUGUUAGUUUUCAACCUAAUUAUUUUGAUAUUAUAAUUUUAAAUCUGUGAACAUUUCAUCUUUGUUAAUGCUAAAAGUGAUAGUUUUUAAUAA